AUGGCCGACGCAGAGCUUGAAGAGAUCAGACGGGCCCGUCUUGCCCAGCUUCAGCAACAGGGUGGCGCACGUGGUGGUUCGUCGGACGGCAACCAGGAGGAACAGAGAAGGCAUGAUUCCCAGACGCAAGCUGAAGCCGACCGCCGCACCACUAUCCUGAACCAGAUCCUCGAGCCCGAAGCUGCCGAUCGUUUGGGUCGCAUCCGCCUUGUCAAGGAAUCCCGCGCUGCUGACGUCGAGUCCCGUCUCAUCAUGCUCGCCCAGUCCGGCCAAUUGCGCCAGAAGGUUACCGAGGAGCAGCUCAAGCAGCUGCUGAACGCUAUGGCCGAGAACCAGCGUAAGGAUGAGGAGGAGCACAAGAUUGUGAUCAACCGGCGCGGCGGCUGGGAUGAUGAUGACGACCUGUUGGAUCUGUGA